AUGGCAGACUACUUUUGCUGUCCCAGCGAAACGACAUGCAUGGUGCUCGCGGAGAAAACCACCGCCCUGUGCUGUCCAAAGGGGUCUUCGUGCGAGACCAUUUCGCCCAUCACCUGCGACGUUACCUUACAAGACGUGGUCGAGAACCCGACGAGCCCGAUCCAUACCACUAGACUGAAAGAGUCUCUGCCGCAGUGCGGAAACAAGUGUUGUCCCUUUGGGUACACAUGUCGAGGCGACUCCGCCUGCGUCUUGGACGACAGUCAGGAGGGGGAGGGGUCUCAAACUUCCAGCACGUCAGUCUCAUCCACAAAGACGAGGACAAGGACUAUGACGAGCGCGACGCCGACGACGGCUACCCAGGCAGCGACGACGACGACAGUGAUCGAGACACUUCCAGCUGCCUCGUCGACACCAUCCGCAAACCCAGGCGACGACCUCCCUACCCCAUCAGCAGUAACAUCCCCCUCAGAAACCACCCCCGCCGCCGCAGCAGCCGCCUCCCCGAGAAACUCAACAUCAGGCGGCAUCAUCGCAGGCACCACCGUCGCAGCCAUCGCCUCGGUAGCAGGCCUAACCUGCCUCCUCUGGUUCAAGAGACGCUCCAUCUCAGAAAGCGUCGGCUCCGCAAAGUUCCCCCGCCCCUGGCAACAACUACGCCAAAACGGCUCGGACCAGGACGUCUCGUCGCUGCCGCGGUACAACUCCCCGCCGCCGGCGUAUGCCGUGGAGAUGAAGCCGCCGCUGGCGAAGCCGUACACGUGGAAACACUACAGCCCGGACUCCUUUGGUCGCGACCGCUACGACAGCCGUCGCUACGACGACCAAGACGACGGCAGCGUUCCCGUCCCCGUUUCUGUUGCGCUUGCUCUCGCUGUCGAGCUGCCCGCCACGCCGGUUUCUUUUAGUCAGUGGCGUGUUCGGGAGGAAGGGGAGACGACGAGGCCGAGGUCUCACUAUGAACCAUACCGGCGUCCUUCAUGA